AGCCUGCCUUGAACCCCCGCUUUCGCCGCAUUCACUGGGGCUUUGGCCUCCACCAAAAACAAAUAAUUGACAAGACAAACGUGUCUAAUAUUCUAAACUCUUCCUCCUCAUUGUCCGCAUGACUGUGAGCCCAAGUAAGUGCUCUGGAACUUUCGACUUCUCAGGCCACCGCAAAUUCUCCUGUACAAAUCGCCAUGUCUUCGGGCCGUCCGCCGCCACAAGGCAUGUAUUCGAGAGACCAGUUCAUGAACCCGGGUCCCGCCCCUCGGCCUCCUACCGACCGCCCCCGCCUCAACCUCACCCCAAACACGAGCAGCACCUUGCCGGGGAAUAUGGCGGGCCUGAGCAUGCAGUCUCCUGCUUACAACAACAAUCCAUAUAACAACCAGUACAGCAAUAACAACUCUCAGACCUCGCUCCUCUCUCGAACGCAAUCUGAAAAAAGUUUGUCAUCUUCUUCCGUUGUUAAAGAGGGCAACGUAAAGGUCAAAGACGAGGGUCUCUUCAAGUCAUUUGUCUGGCAAGACCGAUGGCUCAUCCUUAAGGAAUUCGAGUUGGCGUUUUACAAAAGCCCCAACUCCUCAAAGGUCGCGACUACGAUUCAACUUCGAGAUGUGUUGGGCGUUGAGCGGUCGGACACCGCACCCUUGUCGUUUGAGAUUACUCGCGCUCUGAACGCCUCCAAAGGCUCAUCACCGCCUCGUGACGGCCCUACAAAGAUCAUUACAUGCAAAGUCGACACUGACGAUGAUGUGUACUCAUGGAUCGACAGCAUAUACCAGCGGUGCCCGAGCAUGGGUGGGGUCAGCAACCCCACGAAUUUCACACACAGAGUUCACGUAGGGUUUGACCCUACAAGCGGAGCUUUUGUAGGCCUCCCAGUAGAAUGGGAAAAGCUACUUACGGCAUCGGCACUCACGAAAGAUGAUUAUGCGAAGAACCCUAAGGCGGUGUUGGAAGUCUUGGAGUUUUAUACGGAGAAGCUUGUGAAGCGUUCAGAGGACCCGCAGAGCUACCCCAGUCUCACUCCUACCCCGCCAGUUAGCUCAGGUAUGGAAAAGCAGCUUGGAUACUCGGGUGGCGGAAGCUCCAUUGCGCCCCCACGACCGGGCCCCCCGGGAGGAUUCCAACGCAAAGACAGCUACAAUGUGGGCAGGCAAAAUACCCCGCCACAGUCAGGAUAUAUGACACCCUCGCAACCCAAUUCCUACUCGUCUUCCCAAGACCGGAUGGAUCAAGAACGCCGAAGGCUGCAAGAUGAUGAGGCUAGAAUCCAGCAGCGUGAGCGGGAACGAGAGCGACAAAGAUUGGAGUUUGAGCGAAGAGAACGUGAAGAACUUGCGGCAUACAAUGCGUCUUUACCGAAGGGUAAGGUUCCAAUGGCGCAGCAGGAGAUUGGCGGAGGCGGGUUUGAUUCUCGUGACUCUAGCCCAUCAGGCCAGCAAGCUCGAUAUAAUCCAAACCGGCCCGCUCCUUCUACUCCAGGUGCCCAACGCCAACAACCGCCUGGGUCCCUCCGACAGAUGGCUGCUCAGCGACCAGCCCCAUCGGCACCAAAGCAGCAGCAACCGCAGCAGCAGAAUAACGGGGCUUACAACACUUCACCUCAGUCUAAGCUUCCGACAUCCAAUGGCCAACGUCCGCCUGUACAACCGAACUCGCAAUAUCAGAGAUCUCAAAAUCAGGUACCACAAACUCGCCCUGCUAACGGCCAGCCUCAGCAACAGAAACAGUAUCCUGGAUCAGCAGCACCACAGCCACUGAAUGUGGCUGCUAAGAAACCCACCGGGGCACCUCUGAAUGACGCCGUCAAGAAAGCCGAACAAGCGCUCACUAGCAAGAAAGAAGAGCCUGCUCGUAAAGAUGUGCGCAUGUCGAGCAUGUCCGAGAGUGAGGUUAUGGCCAAACUUCGCGAAGUGGUCUCUAAGGAUAAGCCUUUGGAUUCGUAUAACAAGCAAAAGAAAAUCGGCCAGGGUGCCUCCGGUUCCGUUUACGUUGCUCGCAUCCGCGAAGGUGCUACCUCACCAAUGGCGCGAAGGAUCUUACAGGAAAAUGGACCUCGUGCCCAGGUUGCCAUUAAACAGAUGGAUCUCCGCAACCAGCCACGAAAGGAGCUAAUUGUUAACGAAAUCAUCGUAAUGAAAGACAGCAAGCAUCCAAAUAUUGUGAACUUCUUAGAUGCAUUCUUGCAGGAAGAACAAUCUGAGCUGUGGGUGGUGAUGGAGUUUAUGGAAGGUGGGGCAUUGACAGAUGUAAUCGACAACAACCCCUCGAUAAGCGAAGAUCAGAUCGCUACGAUCUGUUUGGAGACUUGCAAGGGUCUGGAACAUUUGCAUAACCAGAACAUUAUUCACCGAGACAUCAAGAGUGACAAUGUUCUGCUGGAUGGUCGUGGCAACGUUAAGAUCACGGAUUUUGGUUUCUGUGCCAAGCUCACUGAGCAACGCAGCAAACGUGCUACUAUGGUUGGAACACCGUACUGGAUGGCACCAGAGGUUGUCAAACAAAAGGAGUAUGGCAACAAGGUCGAUAUCUGGUCCCUAGGCAUCAUGGCCAUUGAGAUGAUCGAGUCUGAACCACCAUACCUUAACGAGGAGCCGCUCAAGGCCCUUUACCUCAUUGCCACCAACGGUACUCCUCGCCUGAAGAAGCCGGAUAAGCUGUCCAAAGAGCUAAAGGCCUUCCUCUCGGUCUGUCUCUGCGUCGAUGUCAAGUCUCGAGCCAGCGCGUCGGAACUGAUGAGCCACGAUUUCCUGAAGAGCGGAUGCAGCUUAGCAAGCUUGGCACAGCUUCUCAACUUCCGGAAGAACGGCAGCCAUUAAACCUCUCGCGUAAAAUUUUCCUCGAACUUUGUUGGUCUCAAUUCGAUACCCUUUCCACGCCUUCAUGGCUUCUCUAUCACCCAGAAUCCUCACACCACCCUGCAUGUGUUCCAUGCUCGUUCUUCCCCAGCCACCUCUUCUCCGCG